AGUGCUCUCUACCCCCGCAGUCUCUGUGCGUUAAAGCCGGAGACCGCGGCGGCCUCUGCUAGGACCCUCCGCCUCGAGCCGCCGGCCGGAGCCGCAGCCGCAGCCUCAGCGCGCCGCCUGCCCCUCCCCGCCGCCUCCACCGGAGCAGCCUCGCGCACACUGGGGUAUGGCUGUCAAUGUGUACUCCACAUCUGUGACCAGUGAAAAUCUGAGUCGUCAUGAUAUGCUUGCAUGGGUUAAUGACUCCCUGCACCUCAACUACACCAAGAUAGAACAGCUCUGUUCAGGAGCUGCCUACUGCCAGUUCAUGGACAUGCUUUUCCCUGGCUGUGUGCACUUGAGGAAGGUGAAGUUCCAGGCUAAGCUCGAGCAUGAAUACAUCCACAACUUCAAGGUGCUACAAGCAGCUUUCAAGAGGAUGGGUGUUGACAAAAUAAUUCCUGUAGAGAAAUUAGUAAAAGGAAAAUUCCAAGAUAAUUUUGAGUUUAUUCAGUGGUUUAAGAAAUUCUUUGACGCAAACUAUGAUGGAAAGGAUUACAACCCUCUGCUGGCGCGGCAGGGCCAGGAAGUAGCACCGCCUCCUAACCCAGGUGAUCAGAUCUUCAACAAAUCCAAGAAACUCAUUGGCACAGCAGUUCCUCAGAGGACGUCCCCUACAGGCCCUAAAAAUAUGCAGACCUCUGGCCGGCUGAGCAAUGUCACCCCACCCUGCGUCCUCCGGAAGAAUCCCCCAUCAGCCCGGAAUGGCAGCCAUGAAGCCGAUGCCCAAAUCCUUGAACUCAACCAGCAGCUAUUGGACUUGAAACUGACAGUGGAUGGGCUCGAGAAAGAGCGUGACUUCUACUUCAGCAAACUUCGUGAUAUUGAGCUCAUCUGCCAGGAACACGAAAGUGAAAACAGCCCUGUCAUCUCGGGCAUCAUUGGCAUUCUCUAUGCCACUGAGGAAGGAUUUGCGCCUCCAGAGGACGAUGAGAUUGAGGAACACCAACAAGAAGACCAGGACGAGUACUGAGGGCAGCUCCAGCCCUGGCUGACUGCACGGCACCCUGUGCCCCCUCCCCAUGCUCACCCUACAUUAUAAACCUUUCCUGUAGCCGGUCGGCCGGGUGCUUUGUGUCAGUGCCACAGCAUUGGGAGGCCGGCAGACAGGGCUGGGGGGAUGGGGUAGGUGAGCAGGCAGGGGCCCACCCUCCUGUGGCACUGGCCUAGUGGGUGGCCGCUGCCCACUCCCACCCUUAUUUAUUUCCGUUGUCUCUAUGCUGUGUCGCCAACACUUCCCAGGGUGCUGCUGCCACCGCAUCCCCACCCCAGCCAGCCACCUGCUCCCCGACAGCCAGCAGCUGUAUAUUUGACAAAAUCAUUGGUAUAUUUUUACUUACUGGAUUAUCCUUGCACUUUACCUGUUCUUUCCCCAGGGCUGGUAGCCAGGCCGCAGGGCAGUGUGCCUGCCAUGGCUUCCCUUGCCCACUGAGGGGGCCAGGGGAGGACUCAACCAAUUAUUUAUAUUUUUUUUUCUUUUAACUCCCCAGAGGCUGAAGGGAGGGCUGAUGUCAGGGAGGGGGACAGAGGUGAGGGGGUGAGGAUGGGGCCAUAGGCCCUAGUGGUCAGGCGGAUGGGGGCACACACGAGAGAAUAGAGAUGACCUCCUGGCACUGGGCUUGUGCCCCUCAGCCCCCUGCCCCAAGCACUGAAGCCCAGCACUGCCCCGAGGCCCCAGUCACUCCUUCCUGCAGCUUGGUUCAUACCACACAAACUCAGCCCGGACCCCACUGUCCGUCCUCCUCCCAUCUGUCACCCUCCCCAGCCCUGCCCACUCAGACCACCCAGCCUGCAUAUGUGUUCAUUUAUUUAAAUAAAUGUGUGGUGAAAGUUCAUGCCAUGUCUUCCCUCA